UCUGAUACUGAAACAAAUCAUAACUAUCGCCAGCUAGCUACUACCACUUCAUAUAUAGUAGAAGGGAACUGAUCACUGGUGAUCACUGGGUUCAUUCAAUAUAAUGAUGACGGAGAUAGGGUUCACGAGCUUGUUCCUAGGGCUUCUCCUUUUCAUGAACUGCAUAAGGGAUCCACUGGCCGAAGCUCGUACAGGCUGGGGUUUCACUCAAGAUGCAGAUAUUACAGCGCAGACCGCAAAUGCCGAAGUUGCGGUGCCCUCUCAAAAGGAAACCAUUGGAGAUUUUGCUGCUGCUGGCACAAGCAAAAUGGGUGCUGUAGGGCGGAAAAUGAUGGUGGAUGAAAACCUAAACGGAGGGAGUUCAAGGACUUCAGGAAUACAUGCUGAUGAUUUGUCAAAUAGUAUGAAACCGGGCGAUGAUGAGCAAGAAGCAUUGAAAUGUGCAAGAACACUGGGAAACCCCAGGAGAGAAGAAGAAGCAGCACCAAACUGGGUCCGUCCUCCAAGCAUUAGAAUCAGCAUACCAGCUACCGGCGCCAUUGCCGUUGACGAUGAACAACCUCCUCCUCCUCCUUCUUCCUCUUCUUCUGGAACUACAAGGGAGAAGAGGCUGGACAGUCUUGAAGCUGCGAACGAAGAGAUUGUGAAUCUCAUGCACAGAGAUUACAGCAGAGGACCCCCCAAGGCUAGACGUAAGCCCCCAAUAAACAACCACGAGCCUUCCAAUUGAUCAUAUAUGCAUGCUUCCAGGCGCCGGAGGAAUACCCACAAAAAAAAAAAAGUCAAUUAGUAAUUUUAGUUUUAGUUUUAAAAAUGUCUCGUAAUAAAAGCCAGCUCUAAUUAGAUUAGGUUUUAAUUACUAAUGACUAUAGGUUUAGGCUCCACAAUUUUGCCCCAAGAUAAUAUAGGAAGUGAAGUCUCUUAACCUGUAACGAUAUAUACAUAUAGAAAACCUCUUCUUUUUAAAGUUUUUUCUUUUAUUUUCUAAGUUUGGCCUUUUGUAAACUUUGUUAUUCAGAAAGGAUCGUUGUAAAGGAUCGAUCCCAGUCAUUAGUAAAUUCUGAUGACUAAUUUUGUUUGUAGUCAGAUAUAUAUCGACGUUCGGAGCAAUUAGUGAUGAUCUUGUGUACAUUAGCUAGUA